CUCUGAUGUCGGAGUUUGGGAAGAGCACGCGAAUGCAUCUCAGUUGGACGACGGAGAGCAGAGGAAAGAAAAGGGCAAAGAAGGGACCUGUAAUAAAUUCAGCCUCUCACUCUUGGCGCCAAUCCGAUUUAAAGAGAAAAACUGAACAUUUUCUUUUGACAUUUUCAUCAAAUCUGCGCCGAAGUGCUGCUUCUAUCCCAGCUAUCGAGAGUCACGAUACUAAUAACUCAGAGAAACAGGGACAAUAGAGCUGCUUCUGCGGGGGCAUCCACAACAACACACCGCUGCAAAAUGGGGAGAAAGUCCAACAGAGCAAAGGAGAAGAAAGCCCGGCGUCUGGAGGAGAGGGCGGCUAUGGAUGCUGUUUGUGCAAAAGUGGAAGCAGCAAAUAAGCUUGAUGACCCACUGGCUGCCUUCCCAGCCUUCAAAAAGUACGACAGAAAUGGGCUGAACCUGCAGAUAGAGUGUAAGAGAGUGACCUCGCUCAACCCGCUGUCGGUGGAGUGGGCCUUUGAACUAACCAGAGCCAACAUGCAGACACUGUACGAGCAGAGUGAAUGGGGAUGGAAGGAGAGGGAAAAGAGGGAGGAGAUGAAUGACGAGAGGGCGUGGUACCUUCUGGCCCGUGACGGCGACUCUGCCCCCGUUGCCUUCUCUCACUUCCGAUUCGACGUGGAGUGCGGGGAGGAGGUUUGCUAUUGCUAUGAGGUUCAACUAGAAAGCAGAGUGCGGAGGAAAGGACUUGGCAAGUUCCUUAUUCAGAUACUUCAGCUCAUAGCGAACAGUACGCAGAUGAAGAAAGUGAUGUUGACGGUUUUCAAACACAACCAUGGGGCUUACCAGUUCUUCAGAGAAGCUUUACAGUUUGAAAUAGAUGAAACUUCACCGAGCAUGUCUGGGUGCUGCGGCGACGACUGCUCUUAUGAGAUCCUGAGCCGGCGAACCAAACACGGCGAGGCCUCGUCUGGACACACCCACGGGGGUGGGCACUGUGGGGGCUGCUGCCACUGAUUGGCUCCAGCCUGCCACCUUUUAUGAUUGGUUUAAUGCCAGCAACUUUCAUUUGUGGGUGUGUGUGAAAGCUUGAGCUGCCUGCUACUCUGCAGACAUUUUUUGAGUUUGGAUGGCUGUAGAGUGCCGUUAAAAAUGAACCAAUGGUGAAACACCUGGCUACAGAUGUUGUCUCAUCAGGGGGAGAGAUUUAUGCUUUUAUUUUUUUGUAUUCCUGCGACAAAAGCAGUAUGCAGUGUGAGCUUUCACACACAACUUCUGUUUUUUCUUUCCUACGUCUUGUUUUAAUGUCCACCAUCUCCUCUCAUUCUCUUAUCCCAGUCUAAGAUGACAAGUUUUUCAGAGUCUAGAUCAAGCUAAGGCAUUGCCAACAUUCUCAAACACUGCUCUCAUCCUCUCAUGUAUUACACCUUACUGGAUCAUGUGCAGCACCUCUGACCUAAAUUGGCAGCUGGCUCAAGACAAUAAUAAAGAAACACACCACCUCCUGUCCAAACUACUCAUGCCCAAGAUCGGAUUUAGAAGUAGAUGUCUGUUAAUCAUGCUUUCUAUUAGAUAUCCAAUAAUGCUGAACUGAUAUUCAGCUAGUACAAACCCCUGAUUUCUCUGGGACCUCAAAAUGAAACUACAAGCCUGUUUGGGCUGAAUGCGGUCCUCUUGGACUCCAGAAAACCAGCCUGAGAAGCCGAGCUGUAAUGUGAUGUAAUGGCUGUUAGAGUUGCGAGUGACAUGCAUAUAGCAUGUGACAUGCAAGUUCUCUAACAAGAUCAUUGCAGCUAGCGCAAACUGCAGGGUUUUAAAUCACAGCAGUCCACUCACUACUGUUACAAGAGUAGUCUGCUGUAAGGACCGUCUCUUCAUUCAGGCGACACCAAAAUAUAGAAGUAUCUCAUGUGCUUUAAAAUGUUUCAGCCUACGAGACGAGUUGUCCAAGAUUGCCUUUUUUAAAGUGUGUUAGUAUUUACAAUUUAAUUGAAGUAAAAAUGUUCUCUAAAAAUUUGCCUCAAACCAUGAAAAUAAUCCCAGUGUGUCUAUGUGGCUCGUUCAGGUGUUAAAUGCGUGUGGGCUAGAAACAUCACUCAGAGGAUCACAUCAUGAACUACAGCUCUGUGUUCUGCCUCACAGCAGACACGGGGCUCUCAGGUUCAUGAAGGCUCCAGUUUUUGUAAGAUUGUAUCCUCCACCCCACUCUCCUGAUCCUUGUGCCUCUGUUCUCCCUCCAUGUCCUAAAAGCGCUGAACCUUCACUGCAGGCCUGUUUACGUUACUCUCAUCUAUAUCCAUCUUGUAAAAUUGCAUCACCCCUGCUUGCCUCUUCUUUCACUCGUUUCCCAAGAGGUACUUAUGAUAAACAAGUAGAUGUUGACGCUAGGUUUUGCUGUAUUUAAAAAAAGAAAAAGAAAAAAAGAACUAAAACCAUCAUCCAUCUCUUCUCUUAUCUAUUCUGUAAGCAUGAACAAAUCAUAUUGAUUUAAUACGGACGAGGAUUGGUAGGAGAAACCUCUUCCUUUGUGGCCAUUUGAAGCUGAUGAAUGCUUUUAACUUGGAGGACAGACCGUAGAUUGGGUGUAUGAAUGAUGGAUUGAUUGCAGGACACUGAAAGUGUUUUGUUUUUUUUUUUAAGGUUGUUAUUCCUCUUCUUAGUUGUCAGCUAUUUUCCCGGCCCUCGGUUACGGUUUGCAUGAGAAUAUAUUUUCUAACUGAACUCGUAAGUCAAAAAACAGGAUUCCACAAGAGUAGUGCUGCUUCUGAACUUCGGCAUUACUGUUUGAACGCUUUUGUUAAUCCUUGAAUAUGUGAAUAUUUCAUACAACUCUCACCAUCAUGGCAAGGUACACAUAUGUGGAAGGGGUGCUUGUAUGGAAUAUCAGAGUAAUGUUGGUGUGAGUCAGCACAAACUCAAUACUGUAAGAUUUUGGUAAAGUUGUGCUCUACACCUCCUGCCGCUCUUUUUAGGAUUUAAAAUGCCACCCUUAAAAGACUUCUGCCACCACUUUGCUCUUUUCAAUUUCAUAUCUGUUUACAAAAAGCCCCAUUGUAUUUUUUGACAGUUUUAAGUGGGAGUAGGCCGGGUCAGGAGCCUUCCCCUAACUCUUACUCUCUAGGACUCUCCUCAGAGUCUCCUCCUGGGCUGGCUGUAAAGACGACUGUUUCUGAUGUGUCUGUUUGAGGCUCUCGGAGCGUUUUGUAAUGUUUUUUUAGGCAAGUUCUACUUAAAUGUUACACAAAGUAACGCUGCAAAGAAUGUGACACGCAGAGAGUUUCUUAGACCGACCUAAAUCUGGCGUAAAAGAACAAUUAUCCACCACCCACGCGAAAAACCUUCAGAUGACUAAUCCGGUUCUUGAGAUGAAAGUUUUGGGUUGGUUCCAGAAUAAGCAGGGACAAAAAAAUAACAACUGGAAUCGUAGUAUUUGGUUCUCAUGCUUGUUUACCCAUAAACAAAAAAAAAGUUUAACGACAUAUUGCUUGUUUUAGUGCUAGAUUACCUUCUGAUAAGUACAGUAAAUCAUUUUUGUACUGCAUAGGUUACAAGAAAAAGAGGACGUUGUACAUAGUGGUAGUAUAUCAACCGACUGACAGUCUCUCUCUCAGGUUAAUCAAACGUAAUCAAACCUCAUCUGUUACAUUGAACAGCCAUGUUGUCAGUUAGCUGUUGGAUCGGCCAAAGCUCUGACUAAAAGUCAGUUUUUUCGUUUGUGUGUCAUUUCAUAAUAUUCAAAGAAACUGAUUUAAAAGCAUUGUCUUAAAUUUAAGUGGUUAUAAUUCUUAUAAGUUGCAUUAAUUGAAAGGCUGCUUAUCCCAUCUGAAAUAGCUUAAAAGAAAAAAUAUGACGCAAAGUUAAAACUGACCCUGGAUCAGUGCUUUGGUGUUACAUUCAUUCCAGACAGAUGGGCUUUCUUUAAAAAAAAACCAACUCAUUGGCAGUAAAACUGCUUCCUGAACAAUUCUUGAGUUUGAAAAUGAGCCAAAACUUCAACUGUUUAUUUUAAGUCAAUGAGUGCUUUCAUUUCUGGAAAAGGUUUCAUCCCCUCAAAGUCACAGGUUUCUUUCUCUUGGUCUUUUCUCUAUGUAUAUAAAUAUAUAUAAGCUGUUGUGGAUCCAUCUUCAUUUUCAUUUCUUGGCCUUUUACAGGGAAGACACUUUUUUAAACAUGAUGUUAAAAAAACAGAACUCCAUGUUUGAGAGUGAGUGUUACAGUCCUGUCCAUAAACGACAAUGAAAGGGAAAACUGAGUCAUUAUGCCUUGUCAGUGUUUUAUUUGUAUGUAACAAAUAAAGGAAAGUUGUUUGACUUUUCAACAGA